AUGCAGGUGAGGGUACAGGUUCUAUCCAGCCACGUGACACUCCUGAUCCCAGCACACACCCCGGAGGCCUUUGUCCAUGAGGUCGGCAACGUUCAACACAUACCUGCGGAGCGGUCUGAAGUCCUACAGGACAUGGACACACUCCCACCUGAGCAGGGCAGUGACGCCCUCAGCUCCCCAGCCCAAACUAUCCCCCCCAAGCGGGCUGACACCCCCAAUUCCCCAACCCAAAACAUCCCACCAAAGCAGGGUGACACUCCCAAGUCCCCAGAAAAAACCAUCCCACCAAAAGAGGGUGAAGUUCUCAAUUCCCCCCUCAAAGCCGUUCUGUACAAGCAGGGCAACACCCUCAAGCUCUCAGCCAAAACCAUUCUGCCCAAGGAGGGUGACACCCCCAAGUCCUCAGCUAAAACCAUCCUGCCUGCUCAGGCUGACACCCCCGAUUCCCCAACCCAAAUCAACCCACCCAAGCAGGCUGACGCCCCCAACUCCCCAGCCAAAAUCAUUCCACCGAAGCAGAGUGACACCCCCAAUUCCCCACUUAAAACCAUCCUGUGCAAGCAGACUGACAUCCCCAAUUCCUCAGAAAAAAAUACCUCGUCCAAGCAGGGCAAUACCCCCAAUUUUCCAGCAAAAUUCAUUUUGCCCAGGCAGGGCCACACCCACAAGCUCUCAGCCAAAACCAUUCUAUCCAAGCAGUGUGAUACCCCAAAGUUCUCAGCCAAAACCCUUCUGCCCAAGGAGGGUGACACCCCCAAGUCCUUAGAAGACACCACCCAGCUAAUAGAAGGCAACGUGCAGUCGGCAGAUGAAGCCAUGGAGGUCCUGGAGGAGGACCUGGUGAAGGUGAUCCUGAGCAAGGAAGACAUCGAGGUGGUGCUGAAGGAAGCUGGGGAGAGACUGGUGGCUGUGGACUUCUCGGCCACGUGGUGCAGGCCUUGCAGGUCAAUCAAGCCCCUUUUCCAGUCCCUGUCCAUGAAGCACAAGGAUGUGGUGUUCCUGGAAGUGGACGCUGACGAGCGUGAGGGGCUGGCGAAAGACUGCAAUAUCGUUUGCAUCCCAACCUUUCAGUUUUCUAAAAAAGAAGAAAAGGUGGAUGAAUUUUCUGGUGCCCUUAAGGAAAAACUCGAGUCACUCAUUACAGCAAUCAAGCGGUCGUGUGUUCCGAAAGCUUUAGGAACAGUUGGCUGUUCAUAG